UGGACUGAAGGUGCCAACCACUCCCAUCUCGAAGGCGACCAAGAAAGAACUCCAGCAGCAGCAGCUCUGUAGCGUCAGACUCCCCUCCUUUUCCCCGCGUCUCCUCUGAGCUCCGGCGAAAGCCCGCCGCCGCCGCCGUGGCCGGACUUCCGAUGGCAACUCCUCGGAAGCCGAUCAAGCUCACCCUGCCGUCCCACGAGACCGCCAUAGGCAAAUUCCUGACGCAAAGCGGGACGUUCAGGGACGGGGAUCUGCUCGUCAACAAGGAUGGCCUCCGUAUCGUUUCGCAGAACGAGGGAGGCGAGGCUCCUCCUAUAGAGCCACUGGAUAAUCAAUUGAGCUUAGAUGAUCUAGACGUAAUCAAAGUGAUCGGGAAAGGUAGCAGUGGAAAUGUGCAAUUGGUCCGCCACAAAUUUACUGGGCAGUUUUUUGCUCUGAAGGUUAUUCAACUAAAAAUUGAGGAAAGUAUGCGCAAACAGAUUGCCAAGGAGUUGAAAAUAAACCUGUCAACACAGUGCCAAUAUAUUGUCGUGUUCUAUCAGUGUUUUUAUUUCAACGGUGCCAUUUCUAUUGUUUUGGAAUACAUGGAUGGUGGCUCCCUUUCAGAUUUCCUGAAGACUGUUAAAACCAUUCCUGAGGACUACCUUGCUGCUAUCUGUAAGCAGAUACUAAAAGGACUGGUGUACUUGCAUCAUGAGAGGCGCAUUAUACACCGAGAUCUUAAACCAUCAAAUAUAUUGAUAAAUCACAGGGGUGAAGUAAAAAUAUCAGAUUUUGGUGUAAGUGCCAUUAUUUCUAGCUCCUCUGGACAAAGAGAUACAUUUAUUGGCACGCGCAACUACAUGGCGCCAGAAAGAAUCAACGGAAAAAAACAUGGUUAUAUGAGUGAUAUCUGGAGUUUGGGGCUAGUAAUACUGGAAUGUGCAACCGGCAAUUUUCCAUUUCCUCCUUUUGAUAGCUUUUAUGAACUUCUCGUAGCUGUUGUUGAUCAACCACCACCUUCUGCACCAGCGGACCAGUUUUCACCAGAAUUCUGCUCAUUCAUUUCUGCAUGUAUCCAGAAGGACGCUAAAGAUAGGUCAUCAGCACAAGCCUUAUUGAACCAUCCAUACCUGAGCAUGUAUGAUGACCUGCAUAUAGACCUUGCUUCCUACUUCACUACAGCAGGAUCUCCCCUCGCCACCUUCAAUUCCAGGCAACUCUAAAUUACUGUCCUCCUGCAAAGGGCAUAACGACUGAAUACAAUAAACCUUUGGAAGUUGAUGUGUAGAUCUGUAGCUUACUGACGCGAAUGUUCGGAGUUUCGCUUCUUCUUCUUUUUUUUUACCAUUUUGGAUAAGGCUUGGGGUGUGUAACGAGCUGUAAUGAUGUCGUCUGUACCAUGUUUGUGAUUGGUUCCAUCACUACAUAUAUAUGACAUGUAUAGAAUUUUAGGACCAGUGAGCACUGAAGACUCUGAAGUUUUGCCUAUCUGUAUAUCAACAGCACUGUUUGCUCCUGUUUGUUCCACCUUGUAAUGUAUUGGUUCCCUCAGUACAAUUGUUACCUCAACUAAAUCUCAGUUCUUGGAUUGGUCACUGUCUAA